AUGAAAAACAUUGAUUAUAAUAAUUCUGAUAGUGAAUCUAAUAAAAUAUUACAACUAGAUGGUGAUGAUAAUGAAGACUAUGACCUUAAUAAUGAAAUAAAAGAAAUUAUAUUACAUAAUAAGUUAGAUGAAGAAUUUGAUAAAAUUAUACCAAAUAUUCUUGAAAAUAAAGAUAAUAAAUACACACCUUGUAUCAUUAUAGAUAAUGAUAAUAAUAAUUACAAAAUACAAUGA